AUGCGCUUCCAGUCUGCUUCUUUCCUCGCUUCUCUGGCCGUCAUGGCCGCUUGCGGCACCAGUGCCCUCCAGAUCCCCGAGGGCUUUGUCCCCGUGAAGCUGGAGCCCUCGGGCCCUGCUGACUUGGGGCCCGGGGCCAUCGCAGGACUGGGGCCCGCGGUCUUGGGACCGGGUCCCGAGAUCGUUCCGGGACACGAGCCGACUCAACCAGGCUCAGGACCGGGUGGAGCCCUCAACCCCACUGGACUGUUCGGUCUUGUGCAAGACGAAGUGGUCUACCGCAUGUACUGCAACCGCGACAAGCCUCUGACUGGCGACUACGUUCGUCACUACGCUUGCUUCGCAACCAACACCGAGCUCAAGAAGAGUCUCUCGGCUCCCAACCCGCAGCGUCUCACCGGUUACAUCAACAACAAUGGCACCAACUUUGUGCUGUUUGCUGGUCAGAUUGUGACUCUGUCCGAGUCCAUUGAGGUCCAUGUCGAGGUGCCCGACAGAGCCGAUGUCGAGCCCAACAAGACUUGCUCCCAGGUCAAGCUCUACGACCUGCCCGAGUGGAAGCUCAAGUUCGACAAGCAGUCUUGCCCCGGCGACGACAAGCCCAUCAAGCUCGACCCCCCUGCGGCCGAAAAGGCCGCCUAA